CGGUUGGAUUAAAAAUAAAUUACAUUUACUUCGCUUUCUACUAAGUUUUCGCAUAAGAUAAAUUUAUCAAAAUCUCAAGUACUUUAAAAAAGAUAAUCUCUGUGGUUAUAGUUUCGAAGUAAACGAAAAGUAUUACAAAGUUCAAGUUUUAUGUAAAUAGCUAAAUUUGGAUAACCAAUAGAAAAUCAAUUACUAAAAAGAUAUAUAAGACAUAGUAGACGUGUUUGUAUUUAGUUUAAUUUUGACACAUUUGCAAAACAAUGAAAGAAUAUCUCAAGUGAAGCCAAGUGAAGCAAAGUGAAAACUCUCAAGAAAUAUCUCGACGUUUACUUAUGCAAAGAAAAUCUGGGAAACAAACGAAAAAAAAAAAAAACUUUUAAAUAAAGCAAAUAAUACCGUGUAAAGUAAUAUUUUCAAUGUUAUUUGUGUUGUGCAUCUACCACUUUUACUAAAUAGACCACAAUAUUGUUUUACUUUUUACUCUUUAAGUGUUAGUGUUUGCACAUGAUAUACAUAUAUGUAUACUUGAGAAAUGUAUAAAUUAACCAUAAAGGCAUCUAUUCAUUAUUUCGUGAAAACAUUGCAGUGCUAUUUAUUUAAAGCGUGUAUAUAUACAACUAUAUACAGUUCCUAACGUAGGGUUCACUUUUAUUUCUUUUUUUUUUUCUUAUAAUAAAUUUCACUUUAUACGCUAUCAACAAUCGAACGUACAAAACAAUGUCAAGAGUUCAAAAAAUGUUAGAGAGAGGAUGUUAUCAUAAGAAAUUAUAUCAUCAAUUAUUACAAAUUUAUCUAUUGUUUUCUGUUCUUCGCAUUGGAGCUGUAAUGCUGAUGACACCAUCAGAAGAAGCAGGUCUUUCAAAUGCUAGCUCAAUGAAUAUAAGUCAGUUAGCUAUGACAACUGGUGCUCCGAAUGCAACGCCACGUUUGCCGCCACGUCGGAUAAGGUUGAAUAAGUGCUGUCUUUACGGAGAGUAUUUGGAUAACACGAAAACAUGUGCGGCUGGAAGUUCUGAGCGCUGGAUUCCGGUAAUAUAUUUGAUAUAUAGGCAAUCAUACCACUCUCCUCAGGGCUCUGCUCCAAAAUUCAUAUCAUUUGACGACAACGUGUUUCCUAUUGGCGUGGCACGCAAUAUCAACGAAGCUAACAACAUAACUGACGAAGUAAGAUGCACUGUAGAAGAUUUAGAGCUAUUCACUGGCACUGGCAUUGUGAUAUUCUCAAAUGGUUCAUUAUUUAUAUCCGAACGAAACAUAGCCGUCCCACCAAAUAGAUAUUGUGUUGAUCAGCAAGCAGCUUUAGUUUGUUUUUUUAAAUCAAAACUCGAAGAGCCUGCGUUGAAAUUGAGAAAAUGCUGCGGCGAAUAUGGAGUUUACGAUGAAAAGGAAAAACAGUGUAAAAUUGAAAGCUCUUAUCGAGCCAAUUUGAAGUUAUUAUUAGACGAAGGUGACUAUCAAACAAUUUACGGUUUUCCGGAGUGUAAGGAGGGUUCCACCACAUAUGCAAUCGCGGGAGAUUGGUUGGAAAGUCAAUUGCACAUUGAUUCUGGACACAUAAAUUUGCCCAAGCAUAAAGUGAACCUUUCAUCUAAUGAUUACUGUUUAGAAUAUGCACGGAUCGGUAAUUCCACCUCAGAGACUAUGAAGAUCUUCGCUUGUUUACAUCACUUGGAUCCCGGCGCUUUAACUAAGUCUAACGAAGAUCUUAAAGGCACUAAUCAUAGUGAUUUAUUGCAAAUAGCUCUUCUUGACAUGGGUAUAGUCAUUUCAGUGCUAUUUUUGGCUGCCACUUUAAUAGCUAGCUACUUAAUGCCUUCGGUUCAUCAUGUUCUCCACUGGAGAUGCCAAAUAUAUUAUGUAGUUUGCUUAUUGAUUGGAGAUCUGCUAUUAGCUUAUACGCAACUUUCGAAAUCUCUGGAUUUGGAAUCUUUUCUAUGUCAACUUAUUGCUAGCACUAUGCAUUUCUUCUUUUUGGCUGCUUUUUUUUGGCUCAACACCAUGUGUUUUAAUAUUUGGUGGACCUUUCGCGAUUUUCGGCCAAGUUCCUUGGAACGCAAUCAAGAACUGUUACGUUUACGCCUUUACUCUGCGUACGCUUGGGGCCUUCCUAUGCUUAUUACAACCAUAGCCGUCUGCGUAAAUUCGGCGCCCGAAUCGUCUUUAUUGCGUCCAGGUUUUGGAGAGCAUGGAUGUUGGUUUAGCGGUGAAAGACUUUCAAUUUUUGCCUACUUCUUUGGGCCAAUAGGUGUUCUUCUUUGCAUUAACAUAAUGCUAUUCGUUUCGACGACAUAUCAGCUCACUUGCGGCCUUUGGAAGCGUGACGAUGUUAAAUCUACGACAGAAAAAACUGCUUUGGGGAAAGUAUGCCUUAAACUUGUAGUUGUUAUGGGUGUCACCUGGAUCGCCGAUGUAUUAUCGUGGAUAAUUGGUGGACCGCAUUCGGCCUGGUUUUUUACAGAUCUUAUCAAUGCUCUUCAAGGUGUUUUCAUUUUCCUUGUGGUUGGCUGCCAACCGCAGGUUUGGGCUGCCUGUAAACGUUUCUGUUGUCGUCGUUCUCGCCAAGAGAUUACAAACACUACGAACGGUGUGCAACAUUCUAGCUCGUCCCAAGGUCUGCCGUCUCUUGCUGCUUGCGGCGCAGAGAUUACACAGAAUACUUCAAUACCGAAUACUUCCAAUAGCUGCACUGGGCAUAAUACCUCGACACUAGCAACAAAAAUUCCUAUGGAGACUGUAUGUUAAGUUUUUAAAUGACAAUGUUACGGUAGCUGUCAUCGAUAUAUUUGAAAAUUUUAUUAACAAAAGUCUGAUUAAUGCUGUGUCUGGAAUAUAGAUAAAUUGAGAAGAAAAGGAAACAGAGAAAAAAAAAAAAAAAAAA